GGAGUGUGAUAGCGAGCGAGUGAGCGAGAGGGAGAGAGAGAGAAGUAAAUGGGAAAGCAGUGGUCUCAUUCUUGCUGUGUGAGAUCACGAAGAGGCAGAAUGUGUUAGGAUCUGCCUAACUACUGAAAACAGGAUUAAACAAGACGAAAGAGAGAGAGAGAGAGAGAGAGAGAGAGAGAGAGAGAGAGAGAGAGAGAGAGAGAGAGAGAGAGAGGAGGCGGGAGAGACUGUGACAGUCUAGAGAAACGCAAGAAGGGAAGAGAGAACGGAACGAAGGAAGAAAAGUGGACGGAGGGAAUAGAAGAGUUUGUUUUCUUUUUCUUCAUCUGCUGUGGAUCUGCUCUCCAUAGUGGCCAGUGACUGGUAGACCGGAGUUGGACCCCUCUGCCUCUGCCUCUGCCUCUUGAUAGAAGGAAGGGGCUGAAUCGCAGCCCUGCUGUGAAGGUUAACAGCCUGAGCGCCCACUGGCUGUCCGUUGGUGUGACUGAGUUGCACAGACUCACGGAAACAGGGACAAUAUGAACUAUUUGAAUGUGCUGGCCAAAGCAUUAUAUGACAAUGUGGCCGAAUCGCCAGAUGAGCUCUCCUUCCGCAAGGGGGACAUCAUGACAGUGUUGGAGCGAGAUACGCAGGGAUUGGAUGGCUGGUGGCUCUGCUCACUCCACGGUCGCCAAGGCAUCGUCCCCGGCAACCGUCUCAAGAUACUCAUUGGCAUGUAUGAUAGCAAACAACAGCAACAGGUGCCGUCCUCUUCUACACAAGCCACGCCUACUUCACAGACGAGAACCGCUCCUCAGAGUGCCUACUCCAAGCCCCUACCUUCAGCUUCCUCUUCCGCGGUUGUAACCUCCUCUACCGGGUUUGCAAACAAACCCCUGCCCUCAUCGCAGUACACGUCGAUGCAUCCAGCCUAUUCCACCCCCAGCCUGGCACAGCCCAAUCCUGAUAGUAUUUACAUGAUGCCCCCUUCCCACGGUCCAAAACCUAGCCCACAAAGUCUCUAUCAAGUCCCCUCUGGCCCCACUGGAGCCCCUCCACUCUCUCAGCCUGGACCCCCCAGCAAGGCACCAAUUCUAGCCAAAAAACAGUUUCACCUCCCCGGGCAAGAUAUCUACCAAGUCCCCCCCUCCAUAGGCCCUGGGCCAAACCAGGGGCUUACUCCAGGAGCGCCUGCAACUGAGGGCCAAGGUGCUGGGCAGGAUAUGUACCAGGUACCUCCGUCCCUGGAAAAAAGAAGUUGGGAAGGAAGCAGCAAGCCUCUGGGCAAGGUGGUAGUUCCUACUCGUGUGGGCCAGGUGUAUGUGUACGACACGGUGAAAUCAGACCAGAGUGAGUACGAUGUCCCUCCCAGGCAUCAGGAUAUAUACGACGUGCCGCCCACUCGCCAACAGUACAAUACGCAGGUCUAUGACACUCCCCCCAUGGUAGUGAAGGGGCCUGCCAGUGGUCAGGAUAUAUAUGAUACCCCACCCAGCACAGACAAGAACACGCUAGUAUCACAGCAAACGGUGUAUGAUUUCCCCCCAUCUGUCAGUAAGGAUGUUCCUGACACUCAGUCAAUCAGAGAAGAGACCUAUGACGUCCCUCCCCACUUCACCAAACUGAAAACCCAAACCCCUGGUCCCUCUGGCAACAGCAGUAUCCAAGGCCACUAUCACCACAAUGACCUUAACAACGAUGACGAUGAGCCACCUAUUCCAGAGGACGUAUAUGAUGUCCCGCCUCCAAUCCUGACAGACAAGUCUUUCCAUCGAGAUGGAGGCGUUAGCCAUGCAUCGCAGGAGAUCUAUGACAUCCCAGCCAGCCUGCGGACGGGAAGUCACCUGACCCAGGAUGUUUAUGACUUCCCCCGUGAGAGAGAGGAGAGAGGAGGAGAAAGGGGAGGGGACUAUGUCUAUGACGUACCACCACAGGUCGUUCGUGAUGCACCCUCCACCAAUGAGGACCUGACACUGUCCUUCAAGCGACUCUCUGCCUCCAGCACAGGCAGCACACGUAGCAACCACUCUGCUUCCUCCUUAGACAUGGUCCCUGUUCGUGACCCUUCCUCUUCGCUUCCUUCCCUUGGUUCCAUUCCUGGGAAACCCCUUAUUUUGGACCUUGAACAGGCCAUGGAGCGUUUGUCUCGUCUCCAGCAAGCUGUUGAAUCAAACGUCUCCCUUCUAAUGUCAUUCAUCACAGGCAACUGGCGGAGUCCUGCCCACAUGGAAGGAAACCUCCCUGCUAUUCGCCAGGCCGCUGAUCGGGUGCGAGCUGCAGUACGUGACUUCCUGGAAUUUGCCCGUGGUGCAGUAGCAAAUGCCGCCCAAGCGACUGAUCGUUCAUUGCAGUCAAAACUUGGGCGGCAGGUGGGAAAGAUGGAGGAGGUUUUUCAAAGUCUUGUCCAACACAGUCAGAGUUUGGAUGCUAUUGCUUGGUCACCCACAGCUCUCGCAACACCACCACCAGGAGGAGAUGACUUAGAUCGACUGAUCAUGACAGCAAGGGGUGUUCCUGAUGAUGCCAAGCAGCUUGCCUCCUUCCUCCACGGGAAUGCCUCACUGCUUUUCAAACGGACCAAUCGACAGCAACAGACACUGCCCCUCCCACCAAUUCCAGUGGAGACCAGCGGUCACAUGACAGGAUCUGGUAGUGGGAGUGUGGCCUAUCAGGGAGGAGAGAAAGUGAAUAUUCAGUCACGACCCCUCCCGUCGCCACCUAAAUUUGCAGCAGCAGAGGAAGAAGAGGGGCUGGACAGGCCAUAUGAGACUACAGAGGAAGGAUGGAUGGAAGACUAUGACUAUGUUCAUUUACAGGGAAAGGAAGAAUUUGAGAAGAACCAAAGGCAGCUACUGGAGAAAGGCAACAUUAUCAGACUCAACAAGACACAACUGGAACAGCAACAGAUUAAACAGUUUGAGCGGUUGGAGCAGGAAGUCAGCCGGCCAAUCAACAAUGACAUGUCGGGCUGGGUCCCGUCCCCACAUCACCCUCUCGCAAAUCACCUGGCCCGAAACAGCUCUGGAGGUUCCUGUUCCAAGCUGUGCUACGGUGACCGCCAGCUACUUCUCUUCUACCAGGAGCAGUGUGAGCAGAACGUAACCACUGUGACAAAUGCCAUUGACGCCUUCUUCACUGCUGUGAACUCAAACCAGCCACCAAAAAUCUUUGUGGCUCACAGCAAGUUUGUCAUACUCAGCGCUCACAAGCUCGUGUUUAUUGGUGACACCCUCUCACGCCAGGCCAAGUCACCUGAAGUACGGGCACGGGUGGCACAGACAAGUAACGCCCUCUGUGACAAACUGAAAGAUAUUGUUAUCAGUACAAAGACAGCAGCACUUCAGUAUCCCUCGCAUGGAGCAGCUCGAGAGAUGACAGAGAAAGUGAAAGAGCUGGCAGGGUGCACACAACAGUUCAAAACAGUUCUGGGACAACUUGUAGCUAUGUAAAGAGGAGCAGAGAGGAGAGGGAGUUGAAGACUGAUGCAGCAAGCCCCUUGGGUACGGACAUGGAGACCCUGUGUGUGUGUGUGUGUGUGUGUGGGUGGGUGUGGGUGUGUGUGUGUGUGGGUGUGGGUGUGGGUGGGUGUACUGUGCAUACAGCAAGACAAACCAAAUAGAGACAGAGAUGAUGGUGCCCCUAUAGCAUGGGGCACCGUAGACCUUUUGAUCAUAGGACUGGAGAUGCUGUUCAUCCACAGAGAGCAGGAUUUGUAAACUCUUUAUAUCCUUGGAAAGCUGUGUACACUCAUUAAAUGGGAGGUUGGAUAUUCAGCAUGGGGUUUGGUUUGGUUUUAGUUUACACUCCUGGAGUAUAAAUUGGAAAACCCUGUAUGCCCCUGAAACAAGGGGUUUGUGACCCUGUAUAUGGGUGUGAACUGAUAACUUUGGGACUGGGACACUGACCUCAAUUCUUCCCCUGCUCCCUUCUCCAGAUCCUAUCUAUCUCUGUAUUCACUGGGACUAUUCUUCUCUCCAUCCCUCCUUCCCUUUUCCCCAGUUGGCUUUUUAUUCUACAAAUACAUGAAGCAAUGUUUUCAAUGGGCUGUGUCAACGGUUGUAAAAUAAUCAUUGUAAAUAUUUAAGUUACCUAUUUAGCCAGAAAAAAUUAGAGAAAAAAACAAAUGACAAAUGAAUUUACAUUAUAUAAACAAAUGAUUAUGUAUACGUAUAUAUGUAUAUAUACACGUAUAUAUGUGUAUAUGUAUGUAUUAUACACGUAUAUAUGUACACACAUAUAUAUACGUAUACGUAUAUGUAUGUAUGUAUGUGUGUAGUUUUUAGAGAGUAUCCAUCAUCAUCACUGUAAUUAUUUCUAUACUGUAUAAUUAUGGUUCUGAUUCUCAACGCUAUCACUGUUAUCAUGAUACGGAUGUCUAAAUUACAGUUAAUAUGUAUAUAUGUAUGCUGAAGUACCUCUAUGCUCUUUUACUCCUGAGGCAAGUCAGACCAAGACAAGACAAACAAGAAACGUCAUAUUGAUAUAUUGAUAUAGCCUGGAUAUGAUUUAUAGAAAACCUGAAGUCGAUCAAGAAUAAAAAUGAAAUUGCAAAGAUAAGGAUGUGGACAAAUGGGACUAAAAGCAUAGUUGGCUAUAAGGCACAAAAGGUAUAAUGAAAGAUACUACUGGUCAUAACUUUUUGUAAAAUUGACGAACUACAUACAAAAUUUUGCUAGUGUAUUUCUUCCUAAUAUUUCCUCCUGUUUGCUGUUUCUAUCAUUCACACUGAUGUGAUCCACUAUGGCUGUUACAUUUGUUUGCUCUAAACAGUGGCCCAUAAUCCCAGUAUGGCUGUUCAGAAUGGCUGUAUAGAAGACACUAAAAGUUAAAUCUCGGUGCUAAAUUGCUUUUCUGAAAAUUAGGGCUAUGCUCCUUUGUAUGAGACCUGGAGAGAUGAUGUGUCAAAGGCUCGAUCUGGAUGAGAUGAAAAUAAAUCUGCUUUUCUUCUUUACCUUGAAGCUCUAACCAUCUGGGUCUUUGUAAAUCAGGAUGAAGAAUGAAGGACUGGACGUUGAUGUCAAGUGCUGAUUCAGGACGUUGGCGUGGGGCAAAGUUUUAGUUUUGAGAACUUGUUUAGCCAGUGUUGUUUGACCAGUCAAUAAUCCCCACAGACGUGUAGACUCGCUAGCCCUUCGGCUAGCGAGUCUACACACCAUGACCGUACAUUGUUACACUACCUCUCCUUUGGGAAGUGCAUCCUCGCACUUCAGCAUAUCAGCUCCCUCACGCCUUUAAGUGCAUAUGCAUCCCACCGCUGCCACCAAAUGUAGCGCGGAAUCGAACCUGAGUUCCCUGUAACAUGGGCGACCG